GUAGCGACUGUACCGUGCGUCAAAUUUCCUCGUGACUGUACGAAAGUGUUAUUUUGCCUAUGUGAACGUAAAAGUGAAUAAUGUAAAGUUCUUAAUGUCCGUGAUUUGAGAUGCGGAAUUUUGCUGUGAAUUCAAACUCAAGGGCGGGAAGAUAUGAAGUGGCUCUUAUUGCUUCUGUUCACAAUAUUCUCAGAAGCUACUCGAGAUCACCGAGGCCGCAGCGUGAAUACAAAUGCGACGGCCAUUUUUGAUUCCUUCGCGCGAGAACCGUAUUUACUUAGCCCCAUGAACAGGAAGGGAUUAUCGCGUCGUUUGUUCUCUACUUGGAGUAGAUGGUCGGAGUGCCACGGCGGGCACCGCACACGCCGGAAACACUGCUUGAGGGCUGAAGUGUGUGGAGACGCCAUGCGACUUGAGGUCUCCAGUUGUGAAGAUCAUGAAGAUCUUAGGAGGCAGUUACAUAAACAGAAGCGGAAGGAAAACAUUCACCGUAAAUCUGGAUAUAAACAACGUAUCCAGGUCCGUCAGCUGAACCCUCCAGAGCCAGCACAGAGGAGGCUGCGAGGGUUCUCCCCCUGGAGCCCGUGGAGCUCUUGCUCCAGAACCUGCACUACUGUCCGGAGAAGAUACUGCCGCCGCGCGGCCACAUGCGGGCGGAAGGUGAUCCGGCAAUCCGCCUACUGCUACGUGGAGGGGGGCUACUGCCACCGCUGGAUCCGCGGCAAGAUGAACCGCCGCAAGAACCCAGCUUAUACGGUAGUGGAUUCAGAAUCGAUGCCGUCACCACAGCAUGCGAUACACCCCGAAGAUGCCCGACCGUCCCCGAAGGAGCCCGAAUGCGGGCGGAUCGGGCGCGUGAUUGGCUCAGCCGCGCGUCGGCGCAUCCGCAUGCACGAUAUGAUGCGUAUCAUUGGUGGACGGCCUGCACCACCUGGGAAGUGGCCGUGGCAGGUUGCUGUGCUCAAUCGGUAUAAGGAAGCGUUCUGCGGCGGCACCCUAAUCUCGCUCCGCUGGGCGGCGACGGCGGCGCACUGCGUCCGAGCUCGCCUGUACGUGCGCCUGGGCGAGCACGACCUGCGGCGCGCCGACCGCGGCGAGCUCGAGCUGCGGGUGAGCGGGGCCGUGCUGCACCCGCACUACGACCCGGACACCGUGGUGAAUGACGUCGCGCUUUUGAGGUUGCCCGCCCCAGCGCGUCCCGACCUCGGCCACGGGGUGGCGUGCCUGCCUCAGGGACAGCCGCUGCGGCCCCGCGCGCCCUGCACCAUCCUCGGCUGGGGCAAGCGCCGCGCCACCGACGACCACGGCACCAGGCUGCUGUAUGAGGCUCAGGUGUCAACGAUCCCGCAAGGCGUGUGCCGCCGCUCGUACUGGCAGUACGCCAUCACCAGCGACAUGGUGUGUGCGGGGCGCGGCCGCCGGGACUCCUGCGCGGGCGACUCGGGGGGGCCGCUGCUGUGUCGGGAGGGGGACAAGUAUUAUCUGCAGGGUAUCACAAGCUUCGGCGACGGUUGCGGCAAGCGCGGCAAGUUCGGCAUAUACACCAGGACCGCAGGCUACGUCACUUGGAUGAAGCAAGUCAUGGCACACAAGUACUUCGACGACUGAAACAUACAAACACACACACACACACACAUUCUACCCGAAGAUACAGGGUGUGAGAAUUUGAGUAUCUUUUUCCAUCAAACGGUGGAUAGAACUAAUGACCAACUAUCUAUAAUGUUAUACACUCACGGGAAAUGAUAAAGUUCCAUUGAGAAAAACACCAAAUUUAUUAUUAGUUAUUCGACUUAGCUUUACGACGCCUUCUGCAAUAUUAUUUUUAUUUAUUUAGUAUAUGUAACUGUGCAUUAGAAUAUCACCAAAUAAUAACGUAAAUAUUUUGUUCAUAUUCCUUUUAAAUGUUUUUGAAAAAUUGGGUCGUUUGUUGUCAGCAUUUUGCAAGUGAAACUGUUUCUUUGCCCGUGAGUGUAUUAUUUCUGAGGGGGCUUUAAAGCUCCUGUACGUGGCUCUUUCGAGUACAUUUCCCAAUAAUUUAAGCUCAGCCAGUCUAGCUCCCGUGUAAAUUGAUGUUGCAAAAGCUUAGAUAGGCACUCUAUACUAUAGGUCCAAUUAUAGAUAAUCUCGUUUCUGUAGUAGAUGGACUAGCUGACAGAAUUAUUAUGUUCAACCGUCUCAUCCACUUCCUUACGUAUCCUACAUAAAACUGUAUAAUGUUGCCUAUUAUU